AUGGAUACUACGUUUUCGGACGACGAGAAGCGGUACAUCCUAGGUGAAAUGAUCAAAAAUAGUACCAUAGACGUUCCGACUCUCGUCGAGUUUAUCAAGGCUCACCAGGUCAGGCCAGACUGGAUGAUGAUGCAACUUCCUAGUGGUGCGUAUUCGAGGACCGCAUUUUCCGAGUAUAUCCCCCUAAUGAAAGCAGGCCGUAAUAUGAAUCAGUGCUAUAAUGCAGCUGAGAUCAUGUUCCAGACUAAACUACCAGAGCCGGACUUCAGAAAUGUUAAGCGCAAAUCUAUGAGCGACCUAGUCGAACCGCCUACGAAAAGACAAGCGAUGAUGGUUCCUAUCGAACCUCCCAUAGCGCCAGCGCGCAUUAUUCAGCCCCGGCCCCCUCCAAAUGGCUAUCCCCCGUCCGUACCCGUCAGUAUUAGUCCGCCUGUAACAUCGACGGGAAAGAAACGUGGCCGGCCUUCCAAGGCAGAUAAGGAAGCUCAAGCACGCGCAGUCUACUCGCGGCUAAAUGAUUAUACGCCCAUUACACCAGCCCCUCUAGCUCCAAUCGCCAUUCAACCCCAACGCGAAUACGCAUCUUCUCCAGGAUACGAGAUUUCCAGCAAUCCAAACGAUCAGAGGUCCAAGAAACGCGGAGGUUUCGGUCCAAUCGAUAGCCCACAACACGCGAGUAGCUCGUUCCCUCUGCAAUCACCCGCGUCAACGACAGAUACGCCUCGAGCUCUACCGGAACCUCUUGAUCAAGUAGAGAGAGCUACUCUAUCUCCUCGCGAUCGAGGUUCGGUUGCGAUGGAUUCGCGAUCGCCACCACUUCUACCGCAUAUGCAACACCAAGAUUCCUCCCAGGCACUUCCUCCUUUACAGCCUCGAACGCAGCCUCCACCUCCAUUUACGCAUUCGCCACGAACGUCGCACACCUAUGAGCCCCAUCGUAAUAUUGACCCUAUAUUCCCGGAUAGAGAUAGGACGAGACACAUGCCGGAUCAGCUAAAAGAACCUCCCCCCACUCCAGUAACCACGGUAGCGAAUCGGGGUUAG